AUGCUGCGUACGAUGUGGAGGGUCGCGCUCCUCGGCGGGCUGUGUCUGCUGAGCGUGGGCACCGGGUCCAGAAGUCACGGGAAGAGGACGGCGACGGUCCCCGCGACGCGCCAGGACGAGCGCCAGGGCCGCGCGCGCGCCCCGGACGCGAGGGCAGCGUCCAGGCCCGCUCGCGCCCUUCCCUUCGCCUCCUGCCGGGACCCCCUCAGUUCGGCCGAACACGACGUUCUGGACGACAACACGCACGAGACAGGGUUCAACGGCGAUGACGGCUCCCACGUGGUCCUCACGUGGGUGGGCGACGGCACAGGGGUCAUCCUUGUGCUGUCUACCAUCAAUGGUCCACUGGAUGCGUACUUACAUGCAGGAUCUUCACGGCUUUACAGAAGCACGGACUACGGCAAGUCCUUCCAUGACAUUUCCCAGCGGAUCAACCACACCUUCAUCAACGAGGAGUUCGGGGUCAGCGUGGGCCCCAGGAGCUCUGUGAUCCUGACGGCAGACGUGCCGGUUCUGGACAACCCCGGCGGGACCAUCUUCACCUCCAGCGACGCCGGCGCCACCUUCAGGUCCGUCCGGCUGCGCUUCCACCUGGCCCAGCCCAUCACGUACCACUACUCCAACCCUGACUACCUGGUGGCCCUGAGCAUCGACAGCAGCCUGUGGCUUUCCCUGGACUUCGGCGGGACGUGGUCGAAGGUCCACGACGGCGUGCACAGGUUCUCCUGGGGCGCUGGGGUCAACCUGUUCUUCAGCUGCAGCCUGGUGGACGCAGUCGACGCAGAGGAGAGGGGCGAUUUGCUGCUGAAGAGGACCAGGGACCUGGGGAGGAGCUUCACCACCGUCCACGAGGACGUCUACAGCUUCGGCUACAUCGGGACCUUCCUCUUCUUCUCCGUGAUGGAGGAUCCGGGGGCCCCUCGCGUCAUGUACUUCUCAUCAGACCAAGGCGACUCGUUCAGCCGGGCGCUGCUGCCCUCGGCCUCCACGGAGCAGUUCUACUCCAUACUGGACGGGGACGAGGACAUGCUCUUCUUACACGUGGACAACCCCGGAGACACCUUCUUCGGGACCAUGUACACCUCCGACGACCGAGGGAUCCUGUUCUUCAAGUCCCUGGAGCGGCACCUGUUCGAUGGGCACAGGAGGAGCGAUUUCAAGAACAUCACGUCGCUGCGAGGCGUUUACCUCACCAAUAAACUGGACAACGACGGCCGCAUUAGAUCCGUCAUUACUUUUAACAGAGGGGGGACGUGGCAGCAGCUCAACAAACCCGAGAACGUGGACUGUGAGGAGAAAAGCAAGAACUGUAAGCUUCAUAUUCAUGGAGAACACAGCCGGAAGAACCGCAUAGUGCCCAUGCUGGCCCUGUCUGAGCCCACUGCCGUCGGCCUGGUCAUUGCACACGGUACUGUCGGCGACUCUCUGUCAGCGUCCCAGCACCCAGAUGUGUUUGUGUCCUCAGACGGGGGCUACAGCUGGAGGGGGACGCUCAGGGGUCCCCACCACUACUGCAUCCUGGACUCUGGGGGUCUGCUUGUGGCUGUGGAGGCGCGACAUGAUGGACAAGUCAAGACUAUCAAGUACCGAACAGAUGUUUGUCACCCGGAGGCUACUAACUACCACGGGUUUCAGCGCUCACCGCCAUUUCUCCUCCUCAGGUUCUCCACAGACGAGGGCCAGUGCUGGAAGUCCUACAACUUCACCGAGCAGCCGUUCUACUUCGCCGGCCUGGCGUCGGAGCCGGGCACCAGAGCCAUGAGCGUCAGCGUGUGGGGCUUCCGCCCGGAGGCGGACGGUCAGCCCAUGUGGGUGGCGGUCACUGUCGACUUCCAGAGCCUCAUCACCAGAGCGUGUAAUGACCAGGACUACGAGGAGUGGUUGGCUCACUCUGCACAAGAAGAGGGAGAAAGACAAGGCUGUUUACUGGGAGUCAAAGAGACUUACAGGCGGCUGAAGAAACAGUCCGUGUGCAGAAACGGAAGAAACUUCAUGGUGAGCAAGAAGCAGAGCCCCUGCUUGUGCACCAGAGACGAUUACUUAUGCGACUACGGUUUCUACCGUCACGUGAACACCUCGGAGUGUGUGCGGCAGCCCAGACCUGGGAAUAAAAGCUCGGACCUGUGUCUGACCGGAGAGGAGGACGAGCUGCUGACGUCAGGGUACCGCAAGGUGCCGAGUGACAAGUGCGAGGGCGGAUUCGAUCCUCAGCGUGCGGCACAGACGCUCAUCAGACCCUGUGUCACACCCGGCACCGGUUCAGCUGCCAGUCCGUCGUCCCAAGUGACACACUUCGACACACCAGGCGAGAGGCUGGUGCUCAUCCUGGUGUGCACGGGAGCAGGAGUGAUCGUGCUGGUGGCCAUCGCCUCGGCCGUCUUCGCCGUCCGGAGGGUGGUUUAUAGAAACAGGACACCGGUUUAUCGAUUCUCCAACCUCCAGAGUCAGGACGACAACAGCGGCAUCGCGCCGGACCUUGAAAGUGGGACCAGCAGCAACAGCACCACCACCUGCCAGCCAGACUCAGACGACGAUCUUAUUGCAUAACGUUACACACGACAUAUGAGUAAAAGCAACUGCACUGGAGAAGACAACUGCACCGGACUAAUCCCACUUAUCUUGAUAGGACCACCCUUAUUACCAAGUUCUGCUUUCUGUCUUUUGGAUUGACGGGAAUGAAUGAAAAUGUUAAACGCCUUAACUUAUUGAGCCUGAUUUACUUACUACAUUGUGUAUACUGCCAUAAUUUUGCGCGUUACUGUUUUUGUUUGUGUUGCACUACCUUUUUAAUUUCUGUUUAGUGUGAAGAUGAACAUGACAAUGCUACAAAUGUGUAUUUGCUGGAAACAUGUUAUUACUCUGUGAUGAUGUUAUUAUUUGAAAGAUGCUGCAGUUGACUGGAA